CCCAGAGCCGUGAGGCGGCGGCGCGCGCCUCGUGCUGCCAUGGCGCCGGGACGCGGCUCCGCACCCCGGGGAUCGCGGCUGCCCGCAGUCAAAGCUGGAGGUAGGAGAGUCUCUAAACGGCAAGAAAAUGGACCUUUUGAGAGAAAUGCUAAACCUCCGGGAAAAGAAAAGAGUGCUGUUGCCAGUUUCCCAAGGACUCAGAACGUGUGCGUCUCACUGGCAGAAGUGCUCAGCAAAAUGAGCCACAAAAUUCAUGCAGCAGCAUUACAGGUGUCUCACCAAAAGCCACAGCCUGCCUUGGAGAAGUUCACACUGCCUAAAAGAAUGUACAUCAUUCAGCAGCCACGGAAAUGUUAAGAUACUCACUGAAAUACCCGUGUUUAUGUAGAAGUGAGUUUCUAUUCUAAAUAGCACUUAGCACGCUGUGGUAAAAUGAUCAAAAGCUGUGUGCCUUCUGUCUUACUGUAUUUCUGUUA